GUAAAAUUUCGGGUAAACCCGUCCAGAUAGCUAUAAAUACGAGCAGGUACUUGUUCAUUCACAACAUUCUAACUCCGUUGUUGGAACACAGUGUAUCAAGUCAACCACGGUGAAAUAUGGCGACCAGUGGCCUUAAGUUUCAUUCGGCUAAUGAGGACUCGGCGACACCUGAAGAAUCAGCCAAUUCGCAAUCCAGAUUAUUAGGCGGUUCAUCCAUGUUCCAUUCCAGCGACCAAACAACGCCAAAGGGCUAUAUGUCAUCAUCCUCCAGCUGGGAUGGGAUCGGACAAGGUUACGUAAUCACAUCUCUGAAAACCUCCUUUGACCAACACGCGCGCCCUCUACUUGACACCAUUGACUUAAUUCGCUCCCUUGGUUUAGAAGGACGGGAUUUCCAGCUUCCAAAGAUCGUCGUUAUAGGGGAUCAGAGUGUGGGAAAAUCCUCCUGUUUGGAGGCUCUGUCCGGCAUCCAAUUACCCAGGGGAGAUGGAAUCGUCACUCGGACUCCGCUUGAGAAGCGCAUGCGCACGGCAAGAAAUGGCACCGGCUGGCGAUGUCGUAUCCAGUACAAGGACCACAAAGGCCAGCACGUGAACACGGAAAUAAGUAACCCGUCUGACGUUGGAGAAGCUGUUAAAGAAGCACAAUCCAGAAUUACGGGAGACGCUUCCGGUAUAAGCGACAGCCUGAUCACCCUGGAAGUUGAAUCGCCAGAAGUGCCAGAUCUGACCUUAAUUGACUUGCCCGGGAUCGCCCGUUACUCAGAGGCUAACGCUCAAAUAGAGCAGCAGAUUAUUCAGCUAAUAAAAAAGUUCAUCAAGUCGGAUAACACCAUCAUACUGGCCGUAUUUCCUGCGGGAACUGACGUCGACACGGUGGCCGCCUUCCGGUUGGCUAGAGACGUCGAUCCCGAGCUGAAGAGAACGAUGGGAGUGGUAACGAAAAUGGAUUUGGUGGGGCCGGGCUCAGAAAAGUUUGUCGUGGACACACUAAAUAACAAGAAAGUAAAGCUGAACCUCGGGAUGUUUGCCGUAAGGUGUCGAAACCAGGAUGAGGUCGAGAGAGGAAUUCCCCUCCAGGAAGCUUGUCGGAAAGAAGAGGAUUUUUUCCACAAUCAUCCUCAUUUUGGAAAUCUUAAUCCAUCUAUUUUCGGGAUAAGACGACUCUCCGAAAAAAUGGUAAAGGAGUUGACUUUUCGGAUUAAGCAAUGUUUACCUGAAAUGAAUCGGGUUGUGAGUGACAAACUUAGUGAAAUCAAGAAAGACAUCGCGGAACUUGGCAAGGGACCAUCAACUGACGAUGAGGAGAGGAGGAGAGAAUUUCUGUCCCUGUUGACAGAAUACACGGAUAACGUUGAGAAGGUUUCUAGUGGCUUGUACAGACAUCAGGAAAACAAGGUGAAGCUCUUCUCUAUGUGGAGGGAAGAAACUCACACGUUUGCCCGCAAGAUCCGUGAGGUGACUGAACUAGGGGUGAAAGAAAGCUUGGAACGUGAUGAAGGAAUUUUGCAGACUUUAAAAAUGCAGAGAGGGUGCGAGCUGCCUGGUUUUGUAAACAGCUUCCCGGUGUGUGAGAGCAUUAUUUCCUAUCUACUGGUGGCGUGGAACAAGCCCGCCAUGGAGUACGUGGCGGAGGUCCGUAAUCAUGUGGAAACAGUCCUCCGCGACAUGGCCACCCUCACAUUUGACAAAUAUCCGAAUCUGGCUACACGCGUUAAGGAGAUCGUGGACGAGCGCCUCCAGAUCGCCAUUCAGAGCACAGAAAGUGAUAUUAGGAAAAUAUUUGAUCAGGAGGCCAGUGUAUGGACGCAAGACGGCACCUAUGUUGAACAGCUAGAUGCGGUGAAGAAAAAUGGCGAGAAAAUGAAGCCCAGCGCGGCUGAGGGAGACGACAAGUUGGUGGGCUGGAACCGCUACGCUGAAGACGUCAUGGACGGCGUGACGGCUUACAUGCAGGUUGCCUCACGGCGUAUCAUGGACACAAUACCACAGUCAGUUCAUUACCACACCCUUAAGGUGCUUUCCGCUAAGAUCAAGGAGUACGUGCUGUGCAUUGCGUCCAACCCGUCGAUCAUCAACGACCUGUUCAAGGAGAGAGAGGAGAUUGCGAAUCGGCGUGAUGAGCUGCUAGACCUUCAGCAGAGGUGGCGGAGGGCGGAGAGGCAACUCGCCGCCUUGUAACGCCCCUGUGGUAUCUAUGAGAGAAUUGAACUGGGUUUAACAUUCUCAUUAUCUGUUCUUUACUGGAACAGAAGUCGUGUAUGGCAACGUCCAUGUGUACUGUAUGGACAUGUCUGCCCACAUAGAAUUUCAAUCGCUAAUGUUAUCAUCGUCUUUAUUAACUAAGGGAGACCACUGAAGUCGUAUUUCGUCUUAACCAUGAGAAUGAUUACAUUUGAACGUGCAUCCUAGAACUGGCUUUAUUCACUUCUUGAACUUUUUCUGUGUUUGUUUUUUUUUUCCAGCCCCAAACUGUCGCGAAUGCUUGUACAUGGGAUUGUUGGUUAUUUUUGGAUGGUUAUGCACAUCUGUUCCGCUUCAUAACAGCAUAAUAACCAACCACUUGAAUGAAUGAUUAUGGCUUAGCGUCACAGUGGCAAGAUUUAGGCCCUAUCAUGGCGAGCAACUACUUCAAGUGAGUUGUCCGCUUGCAUGGAAUGUAAUUUAAGAUGUACGAAGACAAAUUAUAAAGAGCAAAAAGUUAUGGUUUAUUUUUAUUCACAUAUUAUUUUGCCAGGUAAUGUUAUAUUCUUCCAUUGUUUGGUCACAGAUGAAUGUUUGUAAUCCACUUUAACUUAUAAUCGACGGCUGAUGGAAGGCAGCGCAUAGUCAAAUCAUCAGUUUAUCGGGGCAGAUUACAACUUUUUCUCUACCAAAGACUAUAGUGGAAAUCAGGGAAAUCAUUUUCGCUUAAAAAUCAAAAGAGCUUUCAUCAAAUACCUGUAGUCAGUUUUGUAAUUUUUAAAUAACACUUCAUGUGCAGUGUGAUGUAGCAAAAAUUGGUGUUUACCGCUUUGCUCGAGAAUAUUUCACUCUGUCCAGUACACAAAUCUCGGAUUGAAACAAGAUGUUAGUUAAAACCGAUUUCAAUUUUUUGUAUGGACUAAAAACAUUGAUCUGUUAAUUUUAACGGAAUGCCUGUUGUCCCAAUGAUGGUGAAUGUAUUCUGUUAUUACAACAUAAUACUGUGUCAUAUUCAACAUAAUAUGCUGUUAUCGUGAUGUUGAAUCGUGAUGUUGAAUUAUCAGGGUACAUGUGUUAUAUUUAACAGAACAGUCUGCUGUAAUUACAGAAUAUACCCUAACAUCACUCAGACAACAAACCUUUGUUAAAAUUUACAGAUGAAUUUUUAUAGUGUGUAGGGUUUAUGUUCAUAGGAUUUUAAAGUCGUUUGCAUCGUUAGUAGUGAAGCCCAUUGCUGACACAAUGUCAUUUUCGUCGUAAGUACUGACGUCCAUUACUGACACAUUGUCGUUUGCGUCGUUAGUGGUGAAGUCCAUUACUGACACAUUGUCGUUUGCUUCGUUAGUGGUGAAGUCCAUUACUGACACAGUGUCGUUUGCGUUGUUAGUAAAGAACUCCAUUACUGACACAAUGUCGUAUGUGUGUGUUGGGGGAGGGGCGUGUGAUAUUAUUAAGAUAUGAGAUAAGAUACAUAUGUCAUAUAUACUUUUGCAUUGUAAAUUGUAAUAGGUUCUUUAUGUUUUUUACUUUUUAAACAUUUCCAAAAACUUUAAAUAAAAAAAAAAUCACGGAUAAAUUUAAGUGAAAUCAUCAGAACCGACAUAUGAUUCUAAACGUAAUUUAUCUUUACAGCCUUUAUAUUUUCAUUUCAUGUUAACGGCUAUCUCAAAAGAAACUGAACUUAGUGCAGUUCUUGUAAUUGCUUAACUACUGAUCUGAGUAGAAUGUUAUGAUUUUGUAACGCAAAUAUUUGUCAGGUUAAAAUAAAGUUACCAUUGUUAAGCGCUG